AACACAUCACUAUUCAUACCAUUCAUAGGCUUUUACUUCUGUUUGCAAUACAUUUAUAACUCGUUCACAACAUAUGUUAUUAACAGUAUUAUAACUAUCAGUCAAAUAGUGGUUAACUGUAUAGUGUUGUGUCGAUACAUGUGACUAUAAUUUGCAUUACAAUUAAUUAGUGUUGCAAUUGAAUGGCUUAUUACCAGAUGCCUGACCACCAGUGGCUCAGAAGUGUGUUCACCCGCGUGGACGCCGACAGGUCCGGUGCCAUCAAUGCCAAUGAACUGCAGUCCGCCCUCUCGAACGGCACGUGGAAACCAUUCAAUCCCGAAACCGUGCGGCUCAUGAUCGGCAUGUUUGAUAGGGACCACUCGGGAACCAUUAACUUCGAGGAGUUCUCCCAAUUGUGGCGAUAUGUGAACGAUUGGCUCAACUGUUUCCGGUCCUUCGACACCGACAACUCCGGUAGUAUCGACCAGCAAGAGCUCAAACAGGCGUUGACCACAUUUGGGUACCGACUGUCCGACCAGUUCUACCACAUACUGAUGCGGAAGUUUGAUCGCGACUCCAAGGGUGCCAUCAAUUUCGACGACUUCAUCCAACUGUGCGUUCAGUUGCAGUCUCUGACCACCAGUUUCCGAGUGCACGACCAGGACAUGGAUGGCUGGAUCAACAUCUCCUACGAGCAGUUUCUCACACUUGUGUUCAACGUAUGCAUCAAAUAAUUACUUCACUGUUAUGUCUGCCCUUCCCCUCCACUCCCGAGAGCU